CUCUCUGUGUUCUGAGCGGCUUACCGGCGGCCGGUAAAUCCCGGCUGGCGCGGGAGCUGCGGGGGCGCGCACGGGCGCUCGGAUGGAGGACGCUGCUCGUGACCUAUGACGAUCUGAUCCCAGCGCGCGACUGGCUGCAGUCUGAAUGGAAGCAGCACAGGAAGACGGUUCUGAUGUGUCUGGAGAGAUUUCUGCAUCAAACACUCUCAGACCAGACUCACACACUCUCAGAUCAGACUCACACACUCUCAGAUCAGACUCACACACUCUGAUCAGACUCACACACUCUCAGAUCAGACUCACACACUCUCUGACCAGACUCACACACUCUCUGAUCAGACUCACACACUCUCUGAUCAGACUCACACACUCUCUGAUCAGACUCACACACUCUGAUCAGACUCACACACUCUCUGACCAGACUCACACACUCUCAGAUCAGACUCACACACUCUCUGACCAGACUCACACACUCUCUGAUCAGACUCAUCAGACUCACACACUCUCUGACCAGACUCACACACUCUCUGAUCAGACUCAUCAGACUCACACACUCUCAGAUCAGACUCACACACUCUCUGACCAGACUCACACACUCUCUGAGGCUGAUGGAGUCUGGAUGCGGUUUGAGCAGAUGCGGCAGCAGCAGAGCGUCUCUCACACACACACACACUCGCAGCCGCUCGUGGUUCUGCUGGACGAUAACUUCUACUACCAGAGCAUGAGACACCAGAUCCAGCAGCUGGCCAGGAAGUACGGCGUGGGUUUCUGUCAGGUGUUUCUCCAGUGUCCGCUGCACGUGUGUCUCCAGAGGAACCGGCGCAGAUCUCAGCCCGUUCCUGAUGACGUUCUGCUGCAGAUGUGUGAGCGACUGGAGCCUCCGAACGAGAUCAGAAACCCCUGGGAGCAGCAGAGCCUGACGCUGGACAGCACAGACAGCAUCGCAGACGGACACGUACAGAAGCUGAUGGACUUGCUGGCGUCUGCGCUGGAAAACCCUCUGAACCCCGUCCAGGACGAGUCGCAGCAGAAGGAGGCUGACAGACGGAUUUGUGCGUCCAGCGUUCUUCAUCAGGCGGAUCAGACGUGCAGACGACUGGUUUCUCAGGCGGUGGCUUCAGCUCGCGAAGGACAGGCGUCUCCAGACGCGCAGAAGGCUCUGGCUAAAGCGCUGAUUGAGCUGAAGACGGCGUUCCUGCAGGAGCUGAAGAAGGACGUUCUUCAUCGCGUCUCAGUUUUCCCAGAGGAGCCGGUGGAUAUGGAGAAGCUGCUGAUGGCCGUGUCUGCGGCGUUCCAGCGACGCUCGCAUGAGAUCGUGUGCAAACACAUGACUGACGGAUGACUGCUGGACUCCUGAUAAUCAAUCAAACUCUGAUCAAGUCUUUCUGAUGGACUUCUGAUUGUACAUAAGAUUUCUCAAUAUAUUUUCUGUAAAUGCAUCUGUCCUCGACUCGUUCUUGCAGUCGCUGAUUUUCAUUUAGAGAUUCAUGAAGAGUUUGUGAUAUUGAUUGUUUUUCUUGACAGAGAUUGCAGUUCUGUAUAUUAAAUUCACAUGAUUAAUGAA